AUGAGGAGUGGGAGCCGAGCGUUUCCCCGUACCUCACUGGUCUUCCUAGUCCCCUCCUUCACUUCCUCAACUCGACUCAGCUUCAAAUCUUUCCUCACCCGCACCUCUCUAUCACCCACUGCCUUUACACUUCACCGAAUGGCUUCGUCAUCUUACUCUUCCGUCACCAACGGUAACCAUAUCGUUCCUCCAGCUCCCGCCUCUUCCAAUGACGUGGCUGCGGCUACUACUCCUCCUCCCUCUGCUUCCUCUGCCAUCGAUUUUCUCACUCUCUGCCACCGCCUCAAGACGACGAAGAGAGCGGGUUGGGUGCGGAGAGAUGUAAAGAAUCCAGAAUCAAUAGCUGAUCAUAUGUAUCGAAUGGGAUUAAUGGCUCUAAUUGCUUGUGAUAUUCCCGGAAUUGAUCGAGACAAGUGCGUUAAAAUGGCAAUUGUUCAUGAUAUUGCUGAAGCCAUUGUUGGUGAUAUUACCCCUUCAGAUGGUAUUUCUAAGGCUGAGAAGAGUCGAAGAGAGCGGGAAGCGUUAGACUGUAUGUGCAAAUUACUUGGUGGAGGGUCAAGAGGGAAAGAAAUAGAGGAAUUAUGGACAGAGUAUGAAGAAAAUUCUUCCACAGAAGCCAAAAUUGUCAAAGACUUGGAUAAGGUGGAGAUGAUACUUCAAGCCUUAGAAUAUGAGAAUGAACAAGGAGUGGAUUUGGAUGAGUUUUUCCAGUCAACUGCCGGGAAGUUCCAGACAAAAGUUGGCAAAGCUUGGGCCUCAGAAAUAGCAUCAAGAAGAAAGCAACAUUAACUUGAAAAGCUUGGUAAAAUAUUUUGGGCUUUAUGCUAAGUGUUCUUUUGCUUCAGCUGAUUUGUGGAGUGGUUAGUUUCAAACAGCUUAUUGUUCAAUUUCUAAUGCCUCAAACACAUGACAAUCAAUUCUUUUCUGUAUGAUAAUCAUAUCAGUAGAUAGGCAACUUGUCAUUUCCUUUUCUUUUUCAUUCUCAGUUUCCUCUUCCUUUUUAAUCAAGUC